UCCUUCCCCGCGCCCUCUGCCCGGCCCGCCGCGCCGCGAGCCCACUGACGGCUCCGGUCCCAGCCAGGCCCGGCGCGUCCCCGCCUGCCGCGCUCUGAAGACCCGAAAACCAGGAUAAUUUUGCCCUGGGUUGGCAACUUGGGCUUGAGGGCCUUCAAGAAGGGGGCCUCAAGCAGGUGUCAGGAGGGCCCUCCGCUCACGCUUGCCACUUCCUUUGACCUCCUCUUGGUCUUAACUCCUCAGCCCCUUGUGCCACCUUUGCCCCUUUUUGGGGAUGCCGCAUCUGCUCUUGGUGGAGGGGUGCGUAGCCUUCUAGCACCGGGCACCGCUUGCUGGUCCUGGGAGGGUCUUCCGUUCUCGACCCCGCAGAUCCUCUUCCGCAGAGAACUUCUUGGUCCUGAUGUCUGACCAUGGAGAUGUGAGCCUUCCGCCCGAAGACCGGGUGAGAGCCCUGUCCCAGAUGGGUAGCACAGUGGAGAUAAAUGAAGACAUUCCACCCCGACGGUACUUCCGCUCUGGAGUCGAGAUUAUCCGAAUGGCAUCCAUUUACUCUGAGGAAGGCAACAUUGAACAUGCCUUCAUCCUCUAUAACAAGUAUAUCACGCUCUUUAUUGAGAAGCUCCCAAAGCAUCGAGAUUACAAAUCAGCUGUCAUUCCUGAGAAGAAAGACACAGUAAAGAAGUUAAAGGAAAUUGCAUUUCCCAAAGCAGAAGAGCUGAAGGAAGAGCUAUUAAAACGAUAUACCAAAGAAUAUAUAGAAUAUAAUGAAGAAAAGAAGAGAGAAGCAGAAGAACUCGCCCGGAAUGUGGCCAUCCAGCAGGAGCUGGAGAAGGAACGGCAGAGGGUGGCGCAGCAGAAGCAGCAGCAGUUGGAACAGGAGCAGUUCCAUGCCUUUGAGGAGAUGAUCCGGAACCAGGAACUGGAAAAGGAGCGGCUGAAAAUCGUGCAAGAGUUUGGGAAGGUGGACCCUGGCCUAGGCGGGCCUCUGGUGCCGGACUUGGAGAAGCCCUCCCCAGACAUAUUCCCCCCAGCACCUGUCGCAUCUGCACAGCCUGCGGACUGUAAUACAGCUGUAAGGCCUGCCAAGCCACCUGUGGUAGACAGGUCCUUAAAACCUGGAGCAUUGAGCAACUCAGAAAGUACUCCUACAAUCGAUGGACUGCGCCAUGUGGUGGUACCUGAAAGGCUCUGUCCACAGUUUCUCCAGCUAGCCAGUGCCAACACAGCCCGAGGAGUGGAGACAUGUGGAAUUCUCUGUGGAAAACUGAUGAAGAAUGAAUUUACCAUUACCCAUGUUCUCAUCCCCAAGCAAAGUGCGGGGUCUGAUUAUUGCCACACUGAGAAUGAAGAAGAGCUCUUCCUCAUACAGGAUCAACAGGGUCUUAUCACACUGGGCUGGAUCCAUACUCAUCCCACACAGACUGCCUUCCUCUCCAGUGUUGAUCUACACACUCAUUGCUCCUACCAGAUGAUGUUGCCGGAAUCAAUAGCCAUUGUUUGCUCCCCCAAGUUCCAGGAAACUGGAUUCUUUAAAUUAACUGACCAUGGACUAGAAGAGAUUUCUUCCUGUCGCCAGAAAGGAUUUCAUCCACACAGCAAGGAUCCACCUCUCUUCUGUAGCUGCAGCCACGUGACUGUUGUGGAUAGAGCAGUGACCAUCACAGACCUUCGAUGAAAAUUUGACUCAAACACCUCCCAAGAACUAUAAAACCAUAUCAGUGUACUGUAGCCUCUUAAUUUAAACUUUCCAGAAAACUCUGGAAGCUUUUUUAGACAGAAUUGAAAGUGAGUAUAACCUGGGGGAGAACUAAUUCUUCUGUUUCUGGUUUAAAAAGAAAUAAUUGGCUGUACUUUUUAGGCAAGUGUGGAAAAUGGCAUGAUAAUGCUAAGACAACUCUUCAGUAUAUCUGUAAUGAAAAAAUUAAGUUGAAAGAAUGGUAUAAUGAAUACUUAUCUAUGCCCUUUGUUCUCGAUUCACCAGUUGUGUUAAUAUUUUUUUCCCCUCUAAUCUAUCCUAAUUUCUCCACCAAUAUGUUUGUUGUUGUUUACCUUUGGAAUUAUUAAGGGCAUCUAUGUAGAAAUUGGGAAGCCAUUUAGAAAAUCUUUGGGUUUUCCUGUGGUUUAUGCCAAUAUUAAUGAAGCUUAUUACAAGGGUGAGGGAUAGCUCACUAUGUCUGACGAGAUAGUGAGGCUCGAAAACCCUGAAGAAUGAUUUUUGUCAGGAAGUAUUGUUAUUUAACAAAUAUUACAGGAUAUUUUUUCCUCUACAAUAAAAUGACAAUUAACAUA